AUGGCAUCUCAACUCAAUGUCGAGGAGCUCAUCGGCGCCGCAGAACACCACCACGAACAAUAUCUCCAAACACUGCGCAGCAUCCAGAAUGUCGUUGGCCAGCGAGCUCGCGAGCGUGCAGACAGUCCUCCGCCUCGCACCCUCUCUCACCCGACCUUUUUCAGUCCCGAGCCUCACACGCCCAAUCUUCACCUCCUCAGCCGCCUCCAGCGGACGCGAACCUCGACGCUGGAAACCACAGCAGAGCGGCCGUCGUUUUAUCCGUCUCCCAAGCCCGUAGCGCGCUCGACAAUUUCUCAUGAUUCAGAAUUCAUCCCUGACGAGGAGCUGUCCUUCAUCCCGCUGCUUGACGCGCCCUCUGCCGGCGCUCGCCCUGCGGAAGAGCUGGCACCUCCGCCCGCGGAUAUCACUUCGAGAACACAGAAACCUCUUCUCCCACUGAGCUUCUCCGACGACAUGCUCAUGCGGCAUCUCAGGGAGACAGAGUUUGACGGGCCCACGGCCACGGUGCUGGAAGAAGUCGUUCGCCGGCGGCCAGACAUGGACCUCGCCGUGCCGUUUCGUGAUUUUGCAGCCUUUGAGCGCGAGAGCUACGUGAGCACGACGUUUGAAGUAUACGAAGUCACGGCAGACGCAGAAGCCAAGAAGAUCAGCGUUGAUAUUGAUGUACAAGCUGAUGUCAAGUACGGCGGAGAAGGCGUGCCGUACCAGAGUCCAGAUGGCAUCGUGGAUGCGCCGACGGUAUGGGAGGCCAUCAAGGACGUCAAUUCCGACGGGGAGGCAGUGGGCAGAAUCACCAUCGUCCAAGAGCCAACGCCGCUCAUCCUCGCCGCCCUCCAUCUCACAAUGACGCCGCACUUCGACAUGGGCGAGCUCCUCACCCAUCUCCUCUCUGAGGCGCCAAACCGCGGGCGCACAAAUGCCAUCAUGCACCGGGCCUUUGAACGAACCUCGUCCGUCUCGCCGUACCCCCCGUCUCCUUUGAUCCCCCCAGCCCUCGACACCCGCCAUCAACCCGCCUCGUCGUACGCAAACGUCCGUCAGCGCUCAUUCUUCUUCGUCUUCAAGUACUACACCUCGGUGGCAGAAGGCCUCGAGCCCGCCCCCUGGCAGAGGUUCGACAAACGGCCCUCUGACAAGCGGCUCGGCGACCACAUCGACAUUGCCGAGUGCAGCUCCGUGCUCGCCCUCUCGCUCGGCGGCGAGCCCACGAAGCCGCUGCGCAUGAGGCCUCGCCGGGAAAGGGCCAGAGAGGGAUUCCUCUUCGACACCUUUGGCCCGUGGCAGCUGUUGAGUAUCCAGAGCUUUCCCGACGACCAGCACACUGUCCGCGGCGAAGACUUUCAGAAAAAGAGCUUUUACAACGGCCCCUAUGCGUUUCUAGACCUCCUAACUGCCGAGUAUCGUGACGCAGGGAGACGAAAUCAGAUUCUCCACGAGAAAAUCACAAAACUCAUUACGCCCCCUACCGAGUUCAUGUUCGACCGCCGCCUCCGCGACAAGCUCCUCUUCGAAGACAAGCACUUCACCUACAUCCGGCGCUACUUCUGGGCCUACAACACCCUCGCCGUCAUCAACACGGGCAUCAAGGCCAUGGUGGGCGCCUACUUCGACACCUUCACCGACGACUUCUGGCCCGGGAACCACCCGGUCCUCUGGCCCCAUCCCUCGCCCUCGUCGCCCGAGGGCGAGGCGUACCUCGCAAAGAUGGCCCUCCUGCGCCGCGAGCUGGAAAAGGCCGUCGCCGAGCUGGGCGAGGUGCUGAAGCGCAACGAGCGCACCAGAAAGGAGAUUGAGAACCUGAGGGACCAGCUGUUCAGCGGGAGCUCCAUCAAGGAGAGCAGGAGGGCCAUUGACCAGGGCGACAACAUCCGCAUCCUGACCAUGAUUAGCAUGAUUUUCCUGCCGCUGACCUUUGUCACUGCAAGUGAGCCCCUUUUAUCCCGAGACGAGGCAUUUACAAAAGAAGAAAAGAAGAAUAGAUGGGAAACUAACAUUUCGUAA